CGCAUAACCUCCGCCUGCUGUUUUCUUUGGAAAGGCUAUCUAUUCACGGGCCAAGUUCCUUCAGCUUUGCUGCAUGUGGAUUACAAAUCCAUCGUACGAUUUCAGCUCUUGUAUUAAGCAACAAAGCCAUCACGCGGUAAGGAUAGACAAGGGUUUGAGGGAGCUGAAAUAUAUCGUAUUGCCAAGUUGUCGAGCCUCACUACUUUCUUAUCGUCACCCAGACUUUUCAUUGCUGGUAUUUGCCUCUAACAUUUCAAAUCUCGAAAGAACCUCGAACUCAUAAGGCUGAAACCUGAGAAAUUCGAGAUAUGGAUCCUCUUAGCGCUAUUGCAUCAGCAAUUGCCAUCAUCCAAGCCAUCUCAUCUACCUACAAAGUCAUCGAAGACCUCAAGAACCUUCCAAAAGCCUUCCGCGAAGUCAAUAAGAGCCUGCCUAUUGUCGAAGACACUCUCAAAAUCGCUCGCCAACAGCUCCUUGGCAAGUCGGUAGAUGAAUCGACAAAGAAGGCUAUUGAGCCAUAUAUCAUUGCAUCUGAAGAGAAGGCGAAGUCGUUACGCGAUAUCUUUAAGAAAGUCGAGCAAGGACAGGUUCAGGGGAAGGACACCAAAGGAUGGUCUGUGGUCGACUUUUAUCGUACUACAGUGGUACCCAUGGGCAAAGCGCAUAGGGUCGAGAGCCUGAUGAAAGACAUCUUGGAAGCCGUGAAGAACUUGGCAACUUAUCAGGUUUUCAAAACUGCAACACAGCAGCAGGUGAAGAAGCUGGAGGAUGCCAUCAACGAACUGGCUAAGGUCGAACCUUCAUUACCAGACUCGGACUUCGAAGCUAAGAGCACUACAAACGUCAGCCAGUCAGUUGCCGAGGGAGGAAAGGGGAAUCAAGCUGUCAACAGUGGACCAGGACAGCAAGAUAACAAUUUUGGAAAUAAGUUCGAAUCAGGUGGUGGAGCUUUUAAUUUCGGUGAGGGAGUUUUGAAACUAUUGGGCGGGAAUUGAUAGUCAUAAUCUAGAACAAAUAACACUGACUUCUCCUUCGUACAGUAUAUAACAUUUAUCGUUCCCGUCCCAAUGGUCAGUUCCUUCUACACCUUAAUAGAUUUGAGGCUCUAAAUCGCAAUAAUAAGC